AUGUCACGACGGCCCAACCCUGCCGCCGACCGGGCGGAGCAGAAUCGCGCCACACUGAAGAACUUGGUAAAGCUCGAAGGCAACAAGACAUGCUCAGACUGCAAGCGGAACAAGCACCCACGAUGGGCAAGCUGGAAUCUGGGCGUCUUCAUAUGCAUUCGAUGUUCGGGCAUACACCGCGGCAUGGGAACGCAUAUCAGCAGGGUCAAGUCGGUUGACCUCGAUACCUGGACUGACGAACAACUCGAGAGUGUAUUGAAAUGGGGAAAUGCGCGAGCCAACAAAUACUGGGAAUCGAAACUGGCACCUGGCCACGUUCCAUCCGAGGCCAAGAUUGAGAACUUUAUCCGUACAAAGUAUGAAUCAAAACGCUGGGUUAUGGAUGGGCCCAUGCCGGAUCCUUCCACUCUGGACAGUGACGAUGAUGAUGUGCCAUUGAGUAAGGUGCAGGAGAAGGUACAAAUAGAACGCUCAGCCUCGCAACGCCUGGCACAAGGCUCCGGCCGUGCCCCGCCCCCUCAGCGACAGGCACAACAGCAGCCUGUUAUCGACCUUUUUGGGGAUGAUCCAGUUCCCGAGCGACCGAGCACUGGACCGCCAGCUGCUGCACGACCACCCCCAAAGGCAGAACCAGCGCCCCCGAAACAGCACAAAGCAGGAGAUUCAUUGCUAGGCCUCGACUUUCUCGGCGGAGGAUCCUCUGCUGCACCCGCUCGUCCAUCCAGCACAGGUCCUGCUACUACGGCUGCACCCUCAAGACCAGACCUCAAGCAGUCGAUCCUGUCUUUGUAUGCUGCAAAGCCCGCGGCAGCGCCUCAGCCACAACAGCAUGCUCGUCAAGACUCUUUUAGUGGACUCGUAUCAUCCCAGGCACAGGCAUCACCACAGCAGUCAUCGUUUGGCGGUAUGAACGAUGCAUUCAGCAGCUUGUCCUUCAACGCUGCUCCUGCCCCUAAGCCCUCACCAUUUUCUGGUCUGGAUAGCUUCUCGAGCAAAAAAUCACCACCCGCAUCGUCAUCUUCUUCUAACAUGUUUGGUGGCGGCGGCAACUUUUUUGAUUCAAAGCCUGCUCCACAGAGUCGUACCAUGAGCCCUGCCGGAGGAGCGAGCAACUUUAGUGCCUUUUCUUCACCUGCGCCAUCCAAGCCUGCAGCUCCGGCAGCGUCUGGUAUGGCCGACCUCCUUGAUCUCUCCAUGCCUUCCGCGCCUGCACCACAAGUUACCUCACCGCCAAUAGCAUCGCCGCCCGCCAACUCGGCAUUCAACCUCUCUUCACCCGCGCCUGCUCCUGCUACAAAGUCUACGCCUGCUGCACCAGCGGUCAACUACUCAGGGUUCUCAAACAUGGAUGCCUGGAGUGGUAAUGACGUCUGGGCAUCGUCCGCGCCUAGCCAGCCUGCAGCAACCACAUCCACCGCGCAGGCAACAACGACUAGCUGGAACGCACCUAAAGUGACGCAGGAUGACGACUUUGGUGGUUGGAGCAGUGCUGCACCCACGACAACCUCCAACACUACCACUACCCAAAGCAAGCCCGCAGGAGGAUUUGGUGGCACGAGCGAUGAUUUGUUCUCCAAUGUUUGGGAGUAA